ACGGUGAAUCCCACCGGCUCGUGCGACAGAGCGCAAUAAGCUCUAUAUAAUCGAUAUCUAUCUCUUCACCUAUACUCUCAUAUAUCCAUCAUGUCUAUGGACGCCAAAGAAAUCGAGCUCCGGGCCAAGGCCAUGACCAAGGCCGCCUCCUCCAACGAACCUCCCUCUACCAUCAUACCUCUGCUCAAGCAGCUGCAACAAGGGGUGAAAGCCACUGAAGACCUGCUGCGAUCCACCCGUGUCGGUAUCGCCGUUAACAAACUCAAACAACAUAAAUCUCCCGAAGUCGCCCGUCUCGCGAGCGAAAUCGUCUCCAAGUGGCGCCACGAAGUGAACAAGCAAAAGGCCGGGGCCUCCCCCGGCGCCAGCCAACGGUCGAGCAGCUCUCCCCACCCGAAAGCCAACGGCACCCCCUCCGGCGGUGCGACUCCCUCCGAUAAGGCCUCGAAGCUCUCGGUGCCCCCCGACAAGCGUACCUGGAAGGCCGAUGGCGUGGACACCAACCAGACUGGCAACAGAAUCCGCGACAGCUGCAUCGGCUUGAUGUACGACGGGCUGUGUCUUAAUUCGGUUGAACCCCCGCGCACAGUUCUGUCUAAGGCGGCGGCCGUCGAAGCGGCGGCCUUUAGCGACCUCGGACCGGAAACGAAGGAACAAUACCGCACGAAGAUCCGCAGUCUCUACCAGAACCUGAAGAACAAGUCAAACCCGUCACUGCGACUGCGGGUCCUCAACGGCGACGUGACGCCAGAACGGUUCGUCCGGAUGUCGCACGACGAGCUCCGGUCGGAGGAACAGCAGGAACGCGACCGCAGAAUCCAAAAGGAAAACAUGGACAAGGCGAUGGUGGCACAGGCGGAGCGGAGUAUCAGUACAAGCUUGCAAUGCGGCAAGUGUGGACAGCGCAAGGUGACAUAUACGGAAGCGCAGACGCGCAGUGCAGAUGAACCGAUGACAUUGUUUUGUACGUGUAUGAACUGCGGCAAGUCAUGGAAGCAGUGACCCAGUCUGUCAAUCGAUUUGAUUAUACUCAUUCAUGUUUUUUACUCAUCCAUUCAAUUUGUAUUUCCCGAUGGUGUUGGGUGUGAUAGGCGAGGAGUUGGUUGUGAGGUUUCAAUCCAGUUUAUGUCAUGUGUCAUAGAUCAUACGUCAUUCAAUA